AUGACCGUAGUGGCUAGCUAUGGGAUGGUGCUCUGCGGAAAUUCUGAUGAUGUUCACCAGAGAUACCGCGGCCGUAUUGAAAAAGUGAAAUUUGGAGUUCCUAUCAAUGAGGCGUUUAGUCACGACAUUCCAGCGACCUUGCUGGUUCUAUUGCUCAAGGUCAACAAGGAGGGACCGUUGAAGAAAGAUAUAUGGAGAGCGCCGGGCAACCAGGCUCAAGUGCGAAAGCUAUCGCAUAUCAUGCAACAUGGUCGUCUUGUAAAUAUUGCUAACUUCUCAGUUUAUACAGCAGCUAGUGUGAUUAAGAAAUUCUUGUCGAAACUGCCUGGCGGGAUUUUCGGUAUAGAAAAUGAGCAAUUGUUGUUCAAUAGUGUUAGCAAUGCUGACCCGGAUAAGCAGCGACAAGUAUUUUGCAAUAUCUUUUCUCGACUUCCAUUGCCUUCUCAACAUUUGUUGGUGCUUCUUUUUGGAACUUUCCGAAUGGUCGCUGAUGGUGCUGCGGAAUUCGGGACUAAAAUGACCCCCGAAGCUAUUGGAAUCUCGGUGGCUCCAUCAUUGUUUCACAGUUGUAUUCAUGAGGGCCAAAAAGUGAAAGUCGAAGAUGUUGAACGCUUCAAACUUGCCUCACAAGUUGUCUCAAACAUUAUUAAAUCUUUUGGGCACACGACACUUUUUCCCAGGGAAUGUUACGAGUUCUAUGCUCGAAUCACCGGACGGACGUUGCGAUACGAUCAAAAUACCGCGUGGAUCUUCAAUUUUCAAUAUCCAUCAAUCGCGCCGGAAACAAGUGGAUCAUCGGAAAGAAGGGAGCAAGAACCACUUAGCAUUGAAAUCACCGAUGAAAAUGAAAGGCCUGGUACUUCUAGAACGAUGCCCCCUUUGCCAACAUGUCCAGAAUUGACUUGCACCACAAAGGAACCUCUUGCUGCAGCACUGGAUCGAAUUCUCAAACAACCAAUGAAUCAACGAUUAAGCAAUCGAUUGAGCUGCUCAGUUGGAGAGGUUCUCUCGGCCUCGGCUGAAGCUGAACUUUGUCCAGUGAGUCCUUCAUCGCUGAUCUCUGCUCACGGAGAUUCAACUCGUUCUCUUUCAAUCCUCGACUCGGUUCACGAGAUGCAAGCACGACGCAUGGAAAGCCGAAGUCAAUGGUUUCUUUCUCCUAACCUUUCCCGAAAUGGUGUUGCAUGGAGAAGGGAGGAAGCAUGCUCACAUAGCCAAACUACUGCGGUCAAGAUUGAAGAAAGUGUUGAAGAAACGAGUGUCCCAACGUUGACGACAAAAGAAAAGGAAGUCUCGCCGACUAAGUGUAAACUUCGUGCCUUUGCGUAUCCAACAAAAACCGCCUCGAAUGAAGAUUUGUCAACGACGUCGAAGAACAAGCUGACAUUCACCCGUCGAAAUGUUCCAAAGCGACUGAAUAUACAAUCACUUGAAGAUAAAGAACCAUCGAAGUGCAAUUCACCCGGUUGCUUCCGCAUCAAACAUCACUCACCACGGCAAAUUCAACACGAGCAAUUUCAGGAUUUGAUCAAGUUUUGGGAUGAUAAGAGGCUAAUCAGUUGCCGCUCAACUGCUUCGUCGUGUUCGCAAAAUGUUUCCGAAAGAGUUCCAUUUGCCGAGAAGAGAGAAAAAUCGUUGAAACAGGCACCACAAUCUCAAUGGCCAGUCGCUUCACCGGAGGCUGCACUUGUAAAGGCGCAAGAAGAAAGCAUCGCUGGUGGUGGAGCUUCUAGUUCACAGGCUGUCAUUCGCCGACGCUCUUGGCGCACUCAUUAUGUCCGACCGACGAAUCGAGAUCCGUCGGUACUUGGCGGUGGCUCUCUUGAUAACGAAGAUCGACCAGCGACUGUUGUAAAUAGAGGGGUCACUCAUGCUCAAUCACUUGGAGGUGAGCGUUGCCUGGUCGAUUCUCCCAAUGGUAGUUCCGGUGGUACCCCAAGUCGCAAGCGUUCACUUAAAAAGAAGAUGAGCACAAAGUUC